AUGUCACAGCAGGAAACAGAGAUAUUAGCGAACAAACCAGGCACUGAUCCCCGUCAUGUGGCGAUUGCACUGCACCAUGCGCGUCAGAUUCAAGCCCAAAAGGAUGCCGAGGCCUUGAUUCUCGAUCGAAUCCUCGACCUUGUCCAGUUUCCCACCUCUUCAUCCGCCGAUCCUAGCUCCCCCACUCCCGAAGAUGCGCGGGCGUUCAAGUCCGCCCUGACGCCCUUCCAGCCCGCGGACUACGACAACUUGAUCCUGGAACGGAACAUCGAAGGACUAUGCGGGUAUACACUGUGCCCACAUGAACAUCGCAAGGAAGAUCCUCGAGGGGCCUUUCGCAUAACGUGGGGCGCAAAGGGCAGCGGCCCCGGCGGACGCGGACGCGAGAUGAACAUAGUGCCAAAAGAGAAGUUGGAGAUGUGGUGCUCCGAUGCGUGUGCUGAAAGAGCCAUGUUCAUCCGUGUGCAGCUCGCCGAGCAGCCGGUUUGGGAACGAAGAGCGGGCGAUGCUCGCGGCUCCUGUAUACUCUUGCUUGAAGAGGAGCGUGCGAGAUCACAGCGACAAGGGAACGGCAAGAUGCGGAGCACAGCCAGCGUCAAUGAGGUUGCGGGUCAGCUUGGGGACUUGCAUGUGCACGAGGGAUCAAGUUCGAGCGACGUGCUCAAUCUCGUGGCCAAGCUUUCAGUCCGUGAUGACGCACGUUCGCAAGAGCUAGCCCGUGAGCGUGGAGAUGCUCAUCCUGCACUGUACACCGGCCGCGUGGAUAUAAACGUCCAGGAAAACAGCCGUGCUGCUGGCCCGGUCAUAGCACCUCAGAUGCGGCCCGGAGAUGAAAUAGGAGGCUCCAUCGAAGGCUACGUGCCUCGAGAUCACUGA